AUGGUCGUCGGGUACGGCGUAGACGUCGUUGUGUCGUUUGUCGGUCCUGGCGAAGUCGUUCGAGAUGGGGCUGUCGUGGGUACUGAAGAGAUUGGAGUGCUGGACGGUGCAGAUGUGGUCAAAGCAGCAAGCGAUGACGUUGCGAUGUCGAGUCUGACAGCGUCGGGAACGGCGACAUGGGAGCCGACGAUUGCGUUGGGUUUGGUGCCGGUGUCGUUGGAACUGCGGUCGUUACGUUUGACGGGAGCGGAGGUUGGUCUGUCAACGGUGAACGGGUCGGUGCAAUCGUCGUCGGUGUCGACGGGGCUGGUGUGGUGGAGUUCGCUGGCAUGAGUGGCACUGUUGGUACAACCGAAGGAAUCGGUGUAAAUGGAGCGAGGGUUGUCGUACCGUUCGUGGCGAUUGUGGGAGGGACUAGUGUUGGCGUAGCGGUCUCCUCCUCGAUCCACUCGUGGGUAGAUGUGACUAUGGUAUCUCGUACAAGAUUGAAGUGUGUUUGACCCACGAGAGGGAAUUCGUUUGCCUGGGCAGUCCUUGAAGGGUCUGACGCCGCGUCCGCCAUCGCAGUGAACGCGGCGGCGAGUACCGCAUGCCUUGCUCGGCAUCCCAGCACCAUCGUCCGGACUGCAACGCACUUGCCAGAAUGGUGGC